CGGACCUUUUGUGGACCUUGGCACAAAUGGCUCAUAUAAAGGGCUACUUACAGUUGUUCGGCUUGUUGUUUGCUUGUUCGGCUUUUCUGUCUUGACCAUCACCUUCUAAUUCUCGUCGCCGUGUCAGAGCGUCUCAGCUUGACUGGCCUUGUUUUAUUUCUAAAUUCUGUGGCACUUCAAAACAUUCCAACCUGACCAUCUGCGAUGUUCUCGAGCUUAUUCUUGGCGUUGGGUGUGGUGUCACUGGCACAGGCUGCCCAGUUUAACGUUACUGUUGGUGGAGGUCCACUAAGAUAUGAUCCACAGUUUGUUAAUGCGAACCCUGGAGACAUCGUCAUCUUCACGUUUAAACAAGCCAACCAUACGGCUACGCAAUCUACUUUCGCUCAACCAUGUGUGAAGAUGUCCGGUGGAUUUGACUCUGGCUACAUACCGGUAUCGGCCAACAACACAAAUGGCCCGUUCCCUGCAGCCCAAUUUACGGUGCAGGACAUGAACCCAGUUUGGGUAUACUGCGAACAAGGCAAUCACUGCAAGCAGGGCAUGGUCUUUGCGAUCAACCCAGGCACUCAGUUUGCGGCCUUUCAAGCAGCGGCUAUGGGCAAUACUACGGCAUCAUCUUCGUCUACUUCGACUGCGACUGCAACUGCAACUGCUCCGACUGGGGUCACCACUGUCACUGCGACUGUCACUGUUGGCGGGCAAACUGUGACUACAACCUACGGGUCGUACCCCGGUAGCGCGGCACCGACGAGCGGAACAAGCACGGAUCACAAGGUUGUUGUUGGAGGCACGAGCCUCACUUACACGCCGUCGAAUAUUACUGCACAAGCCGGAGACACGGUAACGUUCCAGUUCAUGCAAAAGAACCACACGGCGACACAGAGCACGUUUGCGAAUCCGUGUCGCGGGCUUACGCUCACAUCUACGAGUGGGCAAGUUGGGUUCGAUUCGGGAUUCGUACCUGUUGGAUCUAAUGCGACGACAUUCCCUACCUACACGAUCAAAAUUAAUGAUACUGCUCCGAUUUGGGUUUACUGUGCACAAACUGGGCACUGCGGGCAAGGCAUGGUGUUCUCCGUAAACGCGGUCGAGUCCGGAUCCAACAACUAUGCUGCAUUCAAGGCGAAAGCCAUGCAGCUCAACGGGACCGCGUCGUCCUCGACCACGAGUACGAGUACUGGAGCACAAGCUACACAGACGAAGACGGGUGGUGCAAUGAAGAUGAGUAACCGUGGCGCAGGCGCUGUGGUUGGCCUGGUGGGUGUGGUGGUUGGCAUGCUUCUGGCAUGAGGCCACGUUCUAUAUUUAAUUUAUGAUUGGGAGAAGCACGUAUCUUACUGCUUUUGUGUAUUGUUUGCGCUACUUGUUUCUGUACUAACUAUGUUGAUAAGCUGUAAUAGAACUGUGUAUUGUACCGUGUAUUGUACUAUUCGCACAUUCGUUGUACCCAAUCUAUUUGAGGUCCUGAUUA